GGGAAAGGUAGGUGACGACACAAAAGCUAGGAGAGAAGAAAAUGGAGGUCACAACAAGAGCUUCAAUUGGAUUGUUAGCCAUUGUUGCUCUCAUAUUUGCCAUGGCUUUCCCUUCAACUACCAUGGCUCAAUCCAUGGCUCCGGCUGCUGCCCCCACCAGCAACGGGACAACAAUAGACCAAGUGAUGGCAUAUGCGUUAAUGCUGCUGGCUUUGGCGUUGACAUACCUCAUUCAUUAACUUCAGACAUUCUUCCGUAUCAUCACCCCCUACAAAAAGAAAGAAAAAAGAACACUUCAGAAUUUCAUUAACAAGAUGAUAGAGCACUGCAAAUUAAGGAAGAGGGUUGUUUGUAAAGGUAAAUUCGUUCUUAGAUGAUAUCUCUUGUGUACAAGUGCUUUUAAUUUGCAAAUCCUGAGUUUUCUUACCUUUUUUUUUUUUGGACAUUCAACUUCGUAGAUAAAGAAAUGUAUUGAUGGAAUUGGCUGAAAAUGCCAUAUUCUACCACUCUUUCACAAUAAAUAUUGAGCGUAACGAUUAUAUUACGUCAACAUUGUCUUGUAAUUUAAUCUUUUAAUAAUAAUCACCGGUUGGAUUGAAU